UGCCGGAGGAAAUACUCCUGAUGUUCAUGCAGGAGCUGGAGAUCCCCGACCUCGUCCGCUCAGGUGCUGUCUGCGCCUCGUGGCAUGCUGCUUACCUAGACGUCCGCCGCCAUCGCUUCCCCCUUCCGAUCCCCCGGAAUCAGCUGCCCUGCCUGCUCUACGCAUGCCGCGAUUCCGCCGCAGACGGCGCCGUCGUAUGCUGCCCCUUCACCGGCGAUUCCGUCCGAGUCCCCCUGCCGCAGCCCCCGCUCACCCGCCACUCCACCAUCGGCUCCGCGCACGGUUGGCUCGUCACCGCUGACGAGGCCUCCAACCUCCACGUCCUCAAUCCAAUCACGGGCGCCCACGCCGCGCUCCCGCCCAUCACCACCCUCCACCAUGUCGAGAGCUGUACCGACGCCGAAGGCCGCCUCAUGUACAAUGUCUUUGAGGGCGGUGAUCCGGAGCCGAUCCCCUUUGACACGCGCGAGGCCAGGGAUUGCAUGUACCACCGUGUUACCCUCUCCUGCAGCCCGGCGGCUGGGAGCGCUUGCAUCGUGCUGCUGGUGCACAUGCCAGACGGCGAGCUCUCUUACGCCCGGCUCGGUGACGAGCGGUGGACGUUGAUCUCGCCCGACGACCACCAGCUCAUGGGCAUAAGUUGGGGCUUCAUGGACUCUUUCUACAAUCAGGAUGAUGGUUUGUUCUAUGUGCUUCGUAGCCACAGAUCGGUUUUCACCCUAAAUUUCAAUGGCCCAUUCCUUGUUGUUAAAAAGAUCAUGCGCAGAGAUAGGAAGGGAAAUGAUCCUUCUAGCAUUGCCUCUCCUGCCGCCGUGCAGCCAUGUCGUGCCUCGCCUGCCGGCAUGCCGUGCCGUGACUCGACUGCCGCCGCGCCGUGCCUCGCCUGCGGCCGCGCCGUGCCUCGCCUGCGGCCGCGCCGUGCCUCGCCUGCGGCCUCCGUUAUCCCCUGCCGCGAGCUCCUCAAGCUCGACGUGGUCGUCGCCGGCUUGGGAGGGGAGGCGGCGGCCAGCACACAAACGCCCCCCCAUGGCGCAUGCGGUGACCACGGGCAGAGCCCCAUGGCGCGCGGCGACAACCACGGGCGAAGCCCUAUGGCGCGAGUUGACCGCGGGCGGAACCCCAUGGCGGCGGCGCGCGGUGGCGACCACCCAUGGUGGCAUGCAGCGGCGACCACGGGCGGAGCCCCAUGGAGGCGCAACAGCGACCACGGGCAGAGCCCUUUGUGGAGGAGCUACGUCGAUUCAUCAACACCCGUGGAGCUUCCUGGAGAUCUGCUAGGUCACAACGAAGAUGACAUAGACCGGUAUAUUGAGCUGAGAACAACUGAAAUAGAGAUCUAUAAGGUUGACCUUGAGAACCAGACACUUGUGAAGAUGACAAGCUUAGCAGGUCAUGCACUAUUCCUUGGUUAUAAUAGCACCAUGUGUUUUGCCACUAAAGAUUUUCCAACAUUGAAGCCAAACUGUGUCUAUAUCACGGAUGACUCUUAUGAGUAUGUCAACAUCGGUAAGCAUAACUGGGCGAGAAAUCAGAGUUUGGGAUAUAGAAAACAAGAGUCUGCAGACUUUUGA